CCGUGACAAUUCAUAUAUGCUUUUCCAUGACAGAGACCUAAUCUCUGUCCCCAAUAGAUGUUCAAUAUCUGGCUUCAAUAGAAAGCAAGUGGAUCAUCUUCCAUCAUGUUGGUUACCUUAGUAGAAGCUGAUCACAUGAUUAGCUCUUUCAUGAAGGCUGAGGAACAUCCUGGAAAAGAAGAAAGACAGAUGGCAAUGAUAGAAGCCAAGAACUUCACCUCUGUCAAGGAAUUCAUCUUGCUGGGACUCACCAGUGAUAGAAAAAUCCAGCUUCUCCUCUUUGUGGUCAUUCUCAUCUUUUACUUGACUACAGUUUUGGGGAACUUGCUGAUCAUCAUAUUAGUGGAGUCUGAUAUACAACUCAACACUCCUAUGUACUAUUUUCUUUCUCAUCUUGCAGUGAUCGAGAUAUGUUACGUCACCAGCACCAUGCCCAUAAUGUUAUCUCACCUCAUGGCUGGGAACGGAGCCAUCUCCUUCCCACUCUGCAUUACCCAGAUAUUUGUUUCAGGGUCCAUGGCUACCACCGAAUCUUUCCUACUCGGUGUCAUGGCUUAUGACCGUUAUCUGGCCAUCUGCUUUCCCCUAAUAUAUACUGUUGUCAUGGACCAGCGAUGCCAGUUGCAGUUUGCUUUAGCCUGCUGGAUAAUUGCCCCUCUGCUCUGUGCCGUAUGUGAUGCCUUCCUAGUUUCCCAACCCUACUGUGGUCCCAAUCAUGUCAACCACUUCAUGUGUGAAAUUCCUGCGGUAUUAAAACUUUCAUGUGGUGAUACACAACUCGUUGAGAACAUUGUAUCUGGUGCAGGAGCCUUACUACUUCUGCUUCCCCUUUGUGUCAUCCUGACCUCCUAUGUGUUUAUUCUUUAUUCUGUAUUUCACAUGAAGUCUACAGUUGGACAGCGUAAAGCACUCUAUACUUGUGGUUCUCAUCUGCUUGUGGUCACCUUCUUUUAUGGUCCUUCCUUAUAUAUAUAUAUAAUUCCAAAAUCUAUCUCAGCUCCUGAUCAUAAUAAACACAGUGCAAUUUUCUACAUUCUGGUCACCCCUUUGCUUAACCCUAUCAUCUAUACUUUGAGGAACAAGGACAUCCAUAGGUCAAUAAGAAAAAUAUUGCAAAGAAAAGACUUUGAACAGAAAACAUGAAUGUCUUUUUUGUUUUUUAAAUGGUCAUGUCAGAUUGAUUUAUCAUGAGUAUUAAUUUAGAAUGCCUUAAAUGUUGGGUUGUCUAGACAUAAACUCAACCCAAUGAUUCUGUGAAUGACCUCUCAGACUAUUAUUAUCAUGGUAUUUAGGGGCAAUGUAAAUAUGC